GAACACUCUGAGCCUCUCUGGUAUUCUUCUCUUGUCCGGUUCGUGUCCGGUUUCUUUUCUUUACCCUGCAAACACAGAAGCUCUUUAUGAAGUCCAUGUGCACGGGGACACGGUGAUUAAAAUCCUCAGGCUGAGCGUGUCUGAAUGAAGGCACAUGUGGCGCUUACGCACGCGUGACGCAAGUCCCGCCCCUUUACCUGAGAGACGCGCACCUGGAUCCAACGACGCGGAAGUCCUGCUGAGAUGACUACACUUUGACAUCGCCGUGGUCAACACUUCUACUGUGGGAGCUAAAAAACUAUUUUGGAUAUGAACUUAAACGAUAUUUAAACGCAAUCGGUUUGACAGGCGGUGAUGUUACGCACGGGGUGUGUGUCAGGUGAAGCAUUGUUUCUCACACUCUGAGUGCCGGCUUCGCCUCAAAAGAAUGACGUUCUUCCGCAGGCUUCUGCGCAGACGACUGCACCCGUGGAAGCUGGCCAUAGUGGCGCUGGUGUUCGUGACGUUCCUGUUUCUGAUGCAGCGAGAGGUGGUCAGUCAGAACCCCCAGGACGAACCCUGGCUCAAAGAGAUUGUGGAGAAACGAGACGGCGUUCUUGAGAUGGUCAUGGGGGCGGUGAAUAACCUCCGGGACGCUAUGCCCAAAAUGCAGAUAAAAGCUCCGGUGAGGAAGCAGGAGAGCCAGGGCAGUCUGGGCUGUCUGUCCGGAUACUACACGGCUGCUGAGCUCCGACCGGUCCUUGAAAGACCACCGCAAAACCCCACUGCCCCAGGGGCUUCUGGGAAGGCUUUUCACACUGACAAUCUGAGCUCGUCGGAACAAAAAGAAAAGGAGAGGGGAGAAGAGAAGCACUGCUUCAACUUGUACGCCAGCGAUCGGAUCUCGCUCAGCAGAGACCUCGGCGCUGACACGAGACCUCCAGAAUGCAUCGAGCAGACAUUCAGACGCUGUCCACCCCUGCCGACCACAAGUGUGAUCAUCGUCUUCCACAACGAGGCGUGGAGCACAUUACUGCGCACCGUCUACAGCGUCCUGCACACCUCCCCUGCGCUGCCCCUCAAAGAAAUCAUCCUCGUGGAUGACGCCAGCGCUGACGAGCGACUACAGGACGAACUGGACGAGUAUCUGAAACAGCUGCACAUCGUUCGCGUGGUCCGUCAGCAGGAACGUAAAGGCCUGAUCACUGCGAGGCUCCUCGGGGCCUCCGUGGCCUCGGGCGAAACCCUCACCUUCCUGGAUGCCCACUGUGAAUGUUUCCAUGGAUGGCUUGAGCCGCUGCUGGCCAGGAUAGCGGAGAACUCCACCGCCGUAGUGAGUCCUGACAUCACUACCAUCGACCUGAACACGUUUGAGUUCAUGAAACCCUCACCGUACGGACAGCAUCAUAACCGGGGGAAUUUUGACUGGGGCCUUUCCUUUGGUUGGGAGACCCUUCCGGAUCAUGAGAAACGGAGACGCAAAGAUGAGACGUACCCUAUUAAGACGCCAACGUUCGCAGGGGGAUUGUUCUCCAUUUCCAGAGAUUAUUUCUACCAUGUAGGAAGCUAUGACGAGGAGAUGGAGAUUUGGGGAGGAGAAAAUAUUGAAAUGUCCUUCAGGGUUUGGCAGUGUGGAGGGCAGCUAGAAAUCAUCCCCUGUUCAGUCGUGGGCCACGUGUUUCGCACAAAGAGUCCGCACACCUUCCCUAAAGGCACGCAGGUGAUCGCUCGCAACCAGGUGCGUCUGGCUGAGGUCUGGAUGGACGACUAUAAAGAGAUCUUCUACCGGAGGAACCAGCAGGCCGCUCAGAUCGCCAAAGAGCGCUCUUUUGGAGACGUCUCAAAGCGUGUAGGUCUCCGGGACAGACUCCAGUGUAAGAGCUUUUCCUGGUAUUUGAAGAACGUCUAUCCGGAGGUCUUCAUGCCCGAUCUCAGUCCGCUGCAGUUUGGUGCGAUAAAGAACGUGGGGAAGGAGGCCUGCUUGGAUGCGGGAGAGAGUAAUGAGGGAGGGAAGCCUCUCAUUAUGUACCCCUGCCACGGGAUGGGAGGAAACCAGUAUUUCGAGUACUCGACCCAUCACGAGAUCAGGCACAAUAUUCAGAAGGAGCUCUGUUUGCACGGGACGGAUGGAGUCGUCAAAUUAGAGGAGUGCCAGUAUAAAGGUCACAACACCAUCACAGGACCUCAGCAGAGAUGGGAGCUCAGAGAGGAUCAGCUGUUCUAUAACAAGGGCUCAAAACAGUGCCUGACCGCUCGACAUGAGAACCCCUCUCUAGUGCCCUGCAGUCCAGCUGACAAGUACCAGCUCUGGGUCUUCACAUGAACGGCGGAACCAGUGACACACACACACACACACACACACACACACACACACACACACACACACACACACACACACACACACACACACACACACACACACACACUCUCAG